CGCCCUGCGGCCAGCACCCCAUGGAGGCGGGACCUGGGCGGGACUAGAAGCCGCGGGAACCCUGGGUCCGCCUCCUCGGCAACUGCUUGCGGCUCGCCAUGGCCCCGGCGCUGCUGCUGGUCCCGGCGGCCCUCGCCUCCUUCAUCCUGGCCUUUGGCACCGGAGUAGAGUUCGUGCGCUUCACCUCCCUGCGGCCGCUGCUUGGAGGAAUCCCGGAGUCCGGUGGUCCGGAUGCCCGCCAUGGGUGGUUGACUGCCUUGCAGGACCGAAGCAUUCUGACCUCCCUGGCCUGGGAUCUUGGGCUUUUGCUAUUGUUUGUGGUGCAACACAGCCUCAUGGCAACUGAGACAGUGAAAGCAUGGACAUCCCGGUACUUUGGAGUCCUUCAGAGGUCACUGUAUGUGGCAUGCACUGCCCUGGCCUUGCAGCUGGUGAUGCGGUACUGGGAGACUGUGCCCAGAGGCCCGGUGUUAUGGGAGGCUCGGGCUGAACCAUGGGCCACCUGGGUGCCCCUCCUCUGCUUCGUGCUCCAUGUUGUUUCCUGGCUCCUCAUCUUCAGCAUCCUUCUGGUGUUUGACUACGCUGAACUCAUGGGCCUUAAACAGGUAUAUUACCACGUACUGGGGCUGGGCGAGCCCCUGGCCCUGAAGUCUCCUCGGGCUCUGAGGCUCUUUUCCCACCUUCGACACCCAGUAUGUGUGGAACUUCUGACAGUAUUAUGGGUGGUUCCCACAUUGGGCACCGAUCGCCUUCUCCUGGCUCUUCUCCUUACCCUCUACCUUGGCUUGGCUCAUGGGCUUGACCAGCAAGAUCUCCGCUACCUUAGGUCUCAGUUACAAAGAAAACUCCAGCUCCUCUCCAGACCCCAGGAUGGGGAGGCAGAGUGAGGAGCUAGUGGCCAGUUCCAAGGCCGGUACUUCCUCAAAAUCAAAACCCCUUAAUCCAGGCCCUGUUUGCUUCAGACCAGAGGCUGGAAACCAUGUGCUGAAGGGGUGGUUCCUUCCCCUGCUUGAGACCUCUACUCUAAAUUUAGAGUUUCAGCCACUGACAGGGUCCACUUCUCACCAACCAAGAGCGCACGGCGCAGGCAGGCGCACUAAGGGUCCUGCCUUGAGCAGUCACUCCCCUAGUACUGUUACCAGAUCUGCACCUCAGGGAUUCCCUUCCUAGCUUCCACUUCAAGGAGCUAUGGCACGGCCAGUCUGCAAGUUUGCAGGUAGUGACUAUCCCUUUAGCACUGCGGCUGUGUACUUCCCCUGCUCCUGCCUUAAUUUCCCCACCUCCUUAGGUCCUGCCUUACAGCUUCUUGUGUCUCCCGCUUUUUUAAAUCGGUCUCCUAAAGCGAUGUCUCGUUUUUAACUCGGGCUGACUCAGGGCUCCCUGGUGUCUCAAAGGGUAUGCGCUGCAAAAAAAUAAA